GGCGAAAAUGUGGUGAAGUGCAGACGCGUCCCUUCCGCUCGUUGGCGCGUUGUCGUUUGCGUAUUGUUUGUUUCGUCAAGCUGAAUAACCAAAGAGAUACAGAAACAGACAACAAAACAAUAAACAAAUAAAUAUUGAUCAGUUCGUCGCGCGCAAUUAGUGAUAAAGCGUUCCGCAACUGCGCCAAGUGCUGCCAAACCAAAGAACUGCAGAAAGAGUUGCACAAUAAAGCAACACACACACACGCACACACACCAACACACACACACACAGGCAAAAUGCUGAAAACAAAAACAAGCGACGACAAGCUGGACACGCUGCUCUCCCGAUCUGUGGUGCCAAUCAUCGAUCUGGCUCAUUGCGGCAUUGAGGAGGUGCCCGUCAAAUCUGUGGUGAAUCGUGUCGGUCAUCAGCUCCAGAAGGCGUUAUCCGAGAAGGGCAUGGCUCUGCUGGUCAAUCACGGCAUAUCCGACGAAAAGCUGAAAACGGCUUGGGAUCACUUGGAUGACUUUGUGGAUCUGGCGUCGGAUGUCAAGCAGCAUUAUAUACGCAGCGAUGGCGACAAUCACGGCUAUGUGAGUCCUGGUAUUGAGCGCUUCGAUGGCAAGACACCGGAGCUGCGACAUGCGUUCAACAUAUGCACGCUGAAUGCCCAAAAUCUGCCGGAGGAGCCGCUGCCGGGCUUUGCGGAUCACAUUAGCACACUGGCCAAGGACUUUAAGGCGCUGGCCAGCUUUAUACUACAGGCGCUGGCUGUCUCGCUGGACAUUCCGCACACGUUCUUCCUCGAAAAGCACUCACACAUGCUGUCCGGCGAUCACGACAACAUGACCACCCUGCGCAUGCUCUACUAUCCGCCCGUGGUGGACGAUGAGCCCGGCCAUAGUCAGAACGAUGUGCUCAAGGGCCGUUGCCAAUAUAGCUACCAGCGCUGCUUAUCCGAUCAGCCGGACUUUCGGCCCGAACACAAUCCCCGCGACGACGACCUCAACGAGCUGGACGGCGUGCAAACGAAUGGCAAGGACGGAGAUGGCGAGCUCUCCGAGCACAAGCUGGCCAACGGGGCCGUCAUACGCUGCGGUGCACAUGUCGACUACGGCACAUUUACGCUGCUCGCUCAGGACUCCGAGGGUGGCCUCGAAGUGAAGCUGCCGGGCAGCGAAAAGUGGCAUCGUGUGGGCCACUUGCCGGGUGCCAUAUUAGUCAACUGUGGCGAGAUCCUGUCCAUUUGGACCAGGGAGCGAUAUCCCGCACUGCAACAUCGCGUGGUUAUACCCGAACAGGAGCACAUACGGUCCCGUGGCCGGCACUCAAUCGCAUUCUUCUGCCAUCCAGACAAUAUUACAAUGAUAUCUCCCAACGAUCUGCCUCAAACCGAUGCCGAACAGAAUUCCGCCUGUCUCAAGCAGCGCAAGAAGUCCUUCAAGGCGGCGAAAGAGCGCGUAUACAAUGCGUAUCAGUUAAUACAGAAAAAGUUUAAAGAUACGUAUACCAAUAACAAUCACUCUCAAUGACGUCCCCCCCUAACAACCCCUCACAACCCCCCCAUUCAUC